GCAAAUUUGCAAGUUUGGCUCUUCGCUUCUGCUCAACGAGUGGUUGUCGCUUCCUGUUUCUUUAUCCGACAGAGUUUUUGUAAUUUAAGGUUCGCGAGAGGAAAGGUGAACUUCCGAAGAAGUGGUUUAAGGUUCGAGGAGCUUGAAGGCGGCGAUGGAACAGAAACAUGUUCUCAUGUCGGCAUUGACCGUGGGGCUCGGUGUCGGAGUCGGGCUUGGUUUGGCUUCUGGACAAACAGUCAGUAAGUGGACCGGAGGAAUCAAUUCUUCUCCAAAUGUCAUCACCGGAGAGCGGAUCGAGCAGGAAUUGCUGCGACAGAUCGUCAACGGCACAGAAAGCAACAUCACCUUCGAUGAGUUCCCGUAUUACCUCAGUGAGCAAACACGGGUGUUGCUGACAAGUGCUGCCUAUGUCCAUCUGAAGCAAGCGGAAUUUUCGAAGUAUACUCGGAAUCUCUCACCUGCAAGUCGGGCCAUUUUGCUCUCAGGACCUGCUGAGCUUUACCAACAAAUGCUUGCCAAGGCAUUAGCCCACUACUUUGAAGCCAAGUUGCUCUUGUUAGAUGUAAACAACUUUUCUCUGAAGAUGCAGAGCAAAUAUGGCAGUAGCAACAACGAACCUUCCUUCACGAGAUCCAUCUCGGAGAUGACACUGGAGCGAAUGUGCAAUUUACUUGGUUCGUUUUCAAUCCUUCCUCCUAGAGAGGAAACCAAAGGCACAUUACGGAGGCAAAACAGUGGUGCGGAUAUCAGAUCAAGGGAAAUGGAAUGUUCUAAUAAUCCUCCAAAGCUGCGUAGAAAUGCUUCUGCUGCAGCUGACAUCAGUAGCCUUGCUUCACAAUGUGCUGCCAUAAAUCCAGGAGGUGCUCUAAAGCGUAACAGCAGCUGGGCUUUUGAUGAAAAACUUCUUAUACAGUCACUAUACAAGGUUCUAGUUUCAGAGUCAAAAAACAAUCCCCUUGUCCUCUACAUCAGGGAUGUUGAAAAACUUCUCUUUAGGUCACAAAGGAUAUACGCAUUGUUCCAGAAAAUGCUGAAGAAUAUAUCAGGACCAGUGCUGAUCCUUGGUUCACGGAUGUUGGAUUCGGGUAAUGACUACAGUGAAGUGGAUGAGAGGCUUACCCUUCUAUUUCCUUAUAAUAUAGAAAUCAGGCCACCUGAAGAAGAGACACACCUUGUGAGCUGGAAAUCACAUCUGGAAGAGGACAAGAAGAUGAUCCAGUAUCAAGAUAAUAGACACCACAUUACUGAGGUUCUUGCUGCAAAUGAUCUUGACUGUGAUGAUCUAGGUUCAAUCUGCCUUGCAGACACAAUGGUUGUCAGUAAAUACAUUGAAGAGAUUGUAGUGUCGGCGAUUUCUUACCAUUUGAUGAAUAACAAGGAUCCUGAAUACAGAAACGGCAAGCUUGUUAUUUCAUCCAAUAGUUUGUCCCAUGGGUUGAGUAUAUUCCAGGAUGGUGAGUGUGGUGGGAAAGACACCCUAAAACUGGAAGCAAAUGCUGAAUCUGCUAAGGAACCAAAAGGAGAAGAGGCAGGUGGAGUGAAGCCUGAAUCAAAGGCUGAGGGUCAGACCCCUGAAAACAAAACUGAAGCAGCAAUUCCUGUGCUGAAGGAUGGAGAAAAUCAAGCCUCCCCAUCAAAAGUGCCUGAAGUUCCACCUGACAAUGAAUUUGAGAAGCGCAUAAGACCUGAAGUCAUCCCUGCAAGUGAGAUUGGAGUGACAUUUGCUGAUAUUGGUGCACUAGAUGAGACUAAAGAAUCCCUUCAGGAGCUGAUCAUGCUCCCCCUUCGAAGACCAGACCUUUUCCAAGGAGGACUUCUAAAACCUUGCAGAGGAAUAUUAUUAUUUGGGCCUCCUGGUACUGGGAAGACAAUGCUGGCCAAGGCCAUUGCCAAUGAGGCUGGAGCAAGCUUCAUUAAUGUCUCCAUGUCUACCAUCACUUCAAAAUGGUUUGGGGAAGAUGAAAAGAAUGUCCGAGCUCUGUUCACCCUUGCAGCAAAGGUAUCUCCUACAAUUAUUUUUGUGGAUGAAGUUGACAGUAUGCUUGGGCAAAGGACUAGAGUUGGGGAACAUGAGUCCAUGAGGAAAAUUAAGAAUGAGUUUAUGACACAUUGGGAUGGGUUGCUGACAAAACCUGGCGAGCGGAUCCUUGUUCUUGCUGCUACAAAUAGACCGUUCGAUCUUGAUGAAGCAAUCAUUAGGCGGUUUGAGCGUCGAAUUAUGGUUGGUCUACCAUCUGCGGGGAACAGGGAAUUAAUCUUGAAAACACUUUUGGCAAAAGAGAAGGUUGAAGAAGGACUAGAUUUUAAGGAGCUUGCCUCCAUGACAGAGGGGUACAGUGGAAGCGAUCUAAAGAACUUGUGCACAACAGCCGCUUAUCGACCUGUUAGAGAGCUAAUCCAACAAGAAAGACUGAAGGAUUUGGAGAGAAAGCAGAGAGCUGAGAAAGGAAAAACCUCAGAAGAGGCUCCAGAUACAGAAGAACCACCUAGAGAGGAGGGACUAAUUACCCUCAGACCAUUGAAUAUGGAAGACAUGAGACAGGCAAAGAAUCAGGUCGCAGCCAGUUUUGCGGCCGGGGGAUCUAUAAUGGGUGAGCUGAAGCAGUGGAAUGAGUUGUAUGGUGAAGGAGGUUCUAGGAAGAAGGAGCAAUUAUCAUACUUCCUUUGAAGUAGAAAAAAGAAGGCAUCUUAUAGUGCAGUGUGGCAUUCUCUUAAAAAAUGAGUGAAGGCUUUUGACUGAGGCUACCACCUGAAACUUGAGUUGGUAGUCUGCAACAAUUCUAGUGAGCUCGAAUUGAUGUUGGAUAUUCUUCACCUAUAAUAUAUUAGCUAUUACGUACAAUGCUGGAGGAGGUUCCUGGUUUUCUUUCUAAGAUGCUUCAUCUGAGAAUACAUUGAGGGGACAAAUUAGAGGAACUUGUCUACAUAUGCAGGUUUUAGAGUUAUAGAGGCUAUCUCGGCGCCAACUGCCGCCAAUUGCUUUUGUGUUGAUUGUGGUGGGUGUUGGGUGUUUAUUGUUCUUCUUGUUUACAAAUUUUCUUGUCUGACUAGUAGUGGGAAGUGUGUAUGAUUUUCAUAUGUAGGAAGAGAGGAAUAAGUUGUUGAGAUCAUUUAAUAUCAUGCAGCCAUUGCAAAACUGGCUUGUUUGAUU